AUGGAGUUCAUCAUGGAAUCUUCAAAAGCCACGUUGCGCCUCAUGAGUGGCUUGGACUUCAUGGUGGAGCGCCUCGAGCCGGAAGACCUCGGAGGUGACUCCAUGAAGGGUUUCCGGCGCCACUUGCAGCAGGCCGAAAGCUCCCGUUUUUGCCUCAUUGCGUUUUCCAUGAAUGCCAGCCUGGGGCAAAGCUCGAAGCUUCGCGAGGUUUGCAAGAAGAAACCUGAGAUGAUCCGAGAAGCACACGAUUCGGCAGACAAGUUGCUGCCGGUUUUGGUGGGUCAUACAGUGGAGGAGGGCACAGUGACGUUCGUGCUGGAUAUGUCCAAAGGUGGUGAGUAUGACGACUCAGCAUUCUUACAAGCUUGGGAGGAGGAUGUUGCCAGCUUCCUUCGCGAACCCGUUGGGCGACAGACAGGAGCUGCCGCUGACACACAUCGUCAAAUCAGGCCUUGGAUGAAGUACUUCAUUGCCGAAGGCUCUGUGAAAUCACAAUUGGUAGAGCUGAUGUCUGAAGAAGCCCGUGAUUGGGCCCAGAACACAGCAGAAGGUCGAAUCCAGUUGUGCAUGAUGGGCCUUGUUGUCAUCCACCUUUUUCAGUACGGCUUUCAGCUUUUGCAUGAGUCUGGUGCCAAGAUCACCCCAUCAUCCAUCUUCCAUGACCUGGAGGAAGACGAACCCCAAGUGAAGAACCCAAAGGCGCUCCUGGAGAAGCUUCGGAAGGAUUUUCCAACCGUGACGAUGUUUCCAGGGGAGUACUAUGCUGCAGCCUAUAGCAAAGACUCGGCUUAUGUCAAGGUGAUGUCUGCCAUGUCAGGCAUUGUCCAUGCGCUGUGUGCUGGAGGAGAGAUUCACUUCAACAAUGUGGAUGCAGAUGAGGUGAAGAGCCUUCACUUGGCGAAUGCUGGGCUGGUACUUCAAGAUUCCUGUGCAAUGGUCCUUGUGAAAGGAUUGGUGGAGAACGAGGGCAUUUGCCAGAUCAAGCUGCCAUCAAGCCCGUCAAGCUCCUCCAAUGGAGUUCAGAGCUCUCUGUAUUCACCUGCGGACACAAUCUUCGCAGGAAGUCUGCAAGAGAGCCAGUUGUCUUUAGAGGAGAAGGUGCAGCAAGUAUUGUUGGUGUGCUCAGGAGGUUGGAAGAGAUCAGUUGACCACGCUCUUUCAGGAGAAGAAGCACCCAGUGUGCUAUGA